GCCCUGGGCGGGGGCUCAUCUGAGGAGGAUAAUCAGGGGCAGGAUGGGGGUUGUAGGGCCCAGGCUCGCACCAAAAUCCAGGCAGGCCUUAGCUGGUGCCAUUCAGAGGCUGGGCAUGAAGCUUUUGGGCCAGAUGAAAACAGGACCUGUGCAGCCCAAUGUCAUUAUAUCCCCCCUCAGCAUAUCCCUGGCACUCUCCCAGCUGGCUCUGGGAGCCAUGAAUGAGACAGAGGAGCUGCUCAUGCUUCAUCUCCAUGGAGACACUCUGCCCUGCUACCACAUGUCUCUACACUACUUCCUGGAACGCCUCCGCAAGAGCGACCUGCAAGUGGCCGCACGCGUCUACCUGCAACCAGGGUUUGAGCCCAAACCAGAGUUUAUUCAUCAGUCUCAGGAUGUAUAUGACUCAGAGCCAGUGACUUUGGAAGGGAUGGCUGAGGUCAACGAGUGGGUAGAGAGGGCCACAAAUGGAAAAGUGACUGACUUCCUGACCAGUCUGCCGCCCAAUCUGCUUCUCAUGCUCGUCAAUGCUGUCCAUUUCAAAGGAGAAUGGAAGGCUCGCUUUGACCCACGAUUUACCUCCAAAGAUGUCUUCUACAUUGACGACAAGCACAUGGUCAAUGUUGACAUGAUGAUGGGGCCCAAAUAUCCCUUAAGUCUGCUCAUUGAUAAUGAUCUGGAAGCUCAGGUGGCUCGCUUCCCCUUCAACAAUCAGAUGAGCCUGCUGAUAGUGAUGCCCAUGAAUGGCCAGGUGAACGUAUCAGCCCUCGCAGCAAAGCUCAACAUUUCUGACCUGUACAACCGCCUGCCCAGAGAGAGACCCAUGCAGGUCAAGCUGCCCAAAUUCAAACUGGACUACAGCCAGGACCUGCAGGAGGCUCUGACCAACAUUGGUAUGGGUGAGUUGUUUUCUAGUCCCAACCUGGCAGCCAUAGCUGAGGGCCCUCUGCUGGUGUCCAGUGUGCAGCACAAGUCCAGUAUGGAGAUCACUGAGGAGGGAGCAGAGGCUGCUGCAGCUACCAGCCUGGUCAUCUCACGGUCCAACCCCUCUUUUACUCUCAACCAGCCCUUCUUCUUUGCCCUCAUGGACGAUAAGACACAAGCACCAAUCUUCCUGGGCGUCAUCACCAACCCUAACCCUGGAGCUUCUACUGUGCAGAGUAGUGGAGGGUCUGCCAACCUAGAUAAAGUACGGUUCCCCAUUGAUGACAAGAAUGACAAGCAUUAUCAUCACUCUUUUGGUGGGCCACCCAAGUAAGCCGAAGCCUCAUUCACUGUGGGGAGAUUGAGACCAUUAUCUAUUGACCUUGAACUGCACUGCUGUCUG